GCUUCAUUCACAUAUAACAAAGCACUCUCGCAUAAUAAGACGGCUUCAAUAAGACGACCUCCAGUCUGUGAGUUGUUCUUGAUCUCCCAGUUGAUUCUCAGUAUAUAUUGUAUAUAUAUUUUUUCAGGGUCCUCAAUUCCCCAAAAUCCAGAGUGACAUCAGUCCCGAUAACCUUAAGGGGGACUGUGACACGUAUGCAAGGACGGGCAGUCCGGCCAGCAGCACGAGUUAGUAACCAGACCGAUCGAUCAGCAGUCCCAAGAGGAAGGUGGGAACUUUGUCCGAUAAAAACUAAAUGUGGUCAUCCUCGGACCUCGAGUGCCAUAUUGAUGAUCAGACCUCCACCGCCUUCUUCCAUUGAGAAACAUCACCACAUUAUGACAAACCAUCCACUCCCUCAUCGCAGUCCACAACGGCCUGCUCAGGAUGAGCCCCUUUCCAUGCCCAUGAUACUGGUUCCUCAUUCUCCAAAGGCCAAGUCUCAUCUGCAAGACCAGCCGAUGUUCAAGCUUCCGUUUGAGGUACUCCAUGAAAUCUUUGCCCUGACCAUCUUGCUUUUAAAUGAAUCGACCAUCUUCCAACGCAACCGAGAACUGGCUCUCUUUCCCAACAAGAAAAGGCCCGCGUCACCGCUUUGGGCUUUAUGUCUUGUUUGUAGACAAUUCAAUCGCCUCGCAACUCCUCUCCUCUACCAGACUUUGAGUAUCUCAAGUCACCCCAAGUCCGUAACCUACUCCGCCGAGACUUUGCUCCAUGAAACACUCCGACAGAACACCACGCUGAGUGCACUUUGCAAAAAGCUGUAUAUUGAAUUCUCCGAUACAGUAUGUGUUGCCAAUCCAGUCGAGAGGUUGAUCGGGGAGUCGCUUCCGCUGCUUAACAAUGUCACGUAUUUGAAUAUUUCGGGAGGUAUCACACAAAGCGUGCAGACAUAUGGGGUUGUGAAGCUUGCUGUGAAGAGCAUGAGACAACUUCAGGAACUCCAUCUCAAACGGGGUGCUGUUGGACUACUCUUGGCUCCCAUUUUCACAAUUAUGAAUUUCCCACAUCUCAAGACUCUCACACUAUCAGGUAUCAUGACGCAACCUCGAAAUCCUUCAGUAUGGCCCUCUGAAGUAAGAAUGACCUUCCACUCAAUUGCCAGACCAUUCCUGACUGACUGAUGACCUCAAUCCUAGAAUUCGGAGGUUACUGCAAACUUCACAAGUCUCAAACUUUACGAUUUUGGCGAAGGAGAGGAUGGACUUUCAAGUCUUAUGCAAUGGACUACUCGAAUCGAGCAUUUUACAUUCCUAGGAUAUAUUGGACACCCUUCAGCAACUAAUUGGACCCUGGGCAGCAUUCUGAACCACCUCAAACCUCACUCUUCCUCACUCAAAAUCCUUGAGGUCGGCCAAUUUGCCAGCCUGCAGAAUGUCAACUUUUCUUCCUUCAAAAAACUUGAAACAAUAAAAGUCAUCUCCCAAAAUAUCGAAUGUACCCCAGAAGAAGCGGCGGCAGUGUUUCUCACGGCGCCUAGUCUGAGUUCUCUAACCUGGCAUUUUGCAACUUUCUUAUCGCACCAAGACGAAUGGGGCCCACACCCAACUUCGUAUUUUGACUCUGUGGAUGAGAGCCAAUGGGACUUCAAACAUCCUCAUCCAUCCUGGAGAUAUGACUUCAAUCUUCGGGAAGCACAUUGGCUAAAGUUGUUUGCGGAGCAUAUGGUUGCCGGCAAAUCGUUGUUGAGGAAAAUUCAUAUUCAACUUUCACCUCUCAAACAUGGGAAGAAAUAUUCUCAUGAACUGAAAAAGAUGAUGACAGAAGAAUAUGAGGAAUGUUCUCUGGAUGAAGUAAGGGAGAUCGUUGGACCAAAUGGCCUGGAGAUUGUUUAUCGCAGACCGUAUCUUCACCUAAGAGACUGGUGGGUUUUUGAUCUUGAUCCCACUGUUGCCUUUGGACCUCACCAUUUACCUGAACUACCUCGCCAUGGGCCCAAGGGGAGACAUUUUCCGAGUUUUUACAAUGAGGAUUGUUAG